CCGGCCGUCGGGGCUGCAGCCAUCCUGCCAUCCAUCCGUGCCGGGGUCUGCGGAGAUUCUAAUUAAUGUGACUCUCUCAUAACAAAAAGGACAAUGAAGGACUAUUCUGCAAAUUCCACAGAACAGGACCUCUCUGAUCCUGAAUCUGGAAACAAGGGGUGUGAUGGUACUUCUUUACCACAUGAAGAACAUGUAGAACAAAUUGACCAGUCAAAGCCCAAAAAGAAAACGAAGGAAGAUGAGAAGCCAGAGAAACGAAUUGUUGGCAUUCUUGAAUUGUUUUGCUAUGCUGAUGGGGUGGAUGUCCUGUUGAUGAUAGUUGGUUUGGUCGCAGCGGCUGCAAAUGGUACUGGAAUGCCACUUAUGAUCAUUGUCUUUGGAGAGAUGACAAACAGCUUUGUGCUAAGUGGCAUGCAAUCCAAUGAUACUUCAGUAAACACUUCCAGCUGCCUACCAAAUCCAGGCGUGGAUAUAGAAGGUGAAAUGACAAAGUUUGCUUACUACUUUGUGGCUAUUGGCUUUGCUGUGUUUAUCCUGAGCAUGAUCCAAGUGUGGACAUUUUUGGUUGCUGCUGCAAGGCAAACUGCAAGGAUACGGAAGAUGUUCUUUUUUGCAGUGCUCCAUCAGGAGAUGGCUUGGUUUGAUACUACCCAGAUAGGAACACUGAACACCAGACUGACAGAUGACAUCAACACCAUCCGUGAAGGCAUCGGAGACAAGAUCAGUAUAUUUCUGCAGUUUUUUUCCACGUUUGUGUCAGGGCUUAUUAUAGGAUUCAUCUAUGGCUGGAAGCUGGCACUGGUGGUUACGUCAGUCAGCCCACUUCUUGCUGCAUCAACAGCAAUUUGGUCAACUCUCCUGGCAUCUCUUACUGCUAAAGAGCUGUCUGCUUAUGCCAAAGCAGGAGCUGUGGCCGAAGAAAUUUUGACAUCAAUCAGGACUGUUGUGGCUUUCAAUGGACAGCAGAAGGCAUUAGAAAAAUACGAUGCGAACUUAGAGACGGCUAAACGUGUUGGAAUGAAAAAAUCCAUUACCACUAACACAUGUCUGGGUCUUUCACAAUUUUUUAUCUUUGGAUCCUAUGCCCUUGCAUUUUGGUAUGGAACCAAACUCACUGCUGAGGAUCCACAUUAUGACAUCAGCUGUGUGUUAAUUGUGUUCUUCUCUGUGCUUAUUGGAGCUUUCUCCCUGGGCCAGGCAGCUCCUAACCUGGAGACUGUGGCCAGUGCACGUGGGGCUGCCUAUGAAGUAUAUAAGAUUAUCAAUAAGAAACGGCUCAUAGAUAGCAGUUCUAAGGAAGGCUACAAGCCAGACAAACUUGUAGGAGAAAUUGAAUUCCGAAACAUCCAUUUCAGUUACCCUUCCAGACCGGAUGUUAAAAUCCUCAAAGGUCUAAAUUUGAAAGUUCAAACUGGGAAGACCAUUGCUUUAGUUGGUGCCAGCGGCUGUGGAAAAAGCACUACUGUUCAGCUGCUGCAAAGAUUCUAUGAUCCUGACCAGGGAGAAAUUACCUUAGAUGGUCGGGAUAUUCGGACCCUUAAUACAAAGUGGCUACGAGAAAAUAUUGGCAUUGUGAGCCAAGAGCCUGUUUUGUUUGCAGCCACAAUAGCUGAGAACAUUCGCUAUGGCAGAGAAGAUAUUUCUGAUUCUGAAAUUGAGCAAGCAGCCAAGGAAGCCAAUGCUUUUGACUUUAUAUCUAGACUGCCGGAGAAAUUUAACACCAUGGUGGGUGAAAGAGGGGCUCAGCUGAGUGGAGGACAGAAGCAACGAAUAGCUAUUGCCCGUGCCCUAGCAAGAAAUCCCAAGAUUCUUCUUCUGGAUGAAGCUACAUCUGCAUUAGAUACUCAGAGUGAAUCCAUAGUGCAAGCAGCUAUCAAAAAUUUAAUUGAAAAUUUGGCUCGAGCUGGACGUACCACCAUAGUGAUUGCACACAGACUGUCUACCAUCAGGACUGCUGACACUAUUGCUGGAUUUGAGAAAGGAAUCGUGGUUGAACAAGGGACACACAGUGAACUGAUGCUGCAGAAAGGAGUCUACUAUUCCCUUGUAAUGCAGCAGGGUUGUAGCAGUGAUAUUCAAGAUGAUGGCACCUCAGAAGAUAGUGAAGGCACAGGAGCUGAGGAAUAUGAGGAAAACACAAAUCCUGUGGAAGAACUGAUUCUUCAAGAUGAUUUUGAAACAUCUGUGAUACCAGGGAGAGGCAGCAUUCAAAGAAGAUCCAGCAGAUAUAAGAGGAAGAGGCGUUCAUCUAAAAAUCCCUUUGGAAAAAAGAAGGAAAAAGAAGAGGUGGAGGAAGAAAAUCUUCCUGCUGUGCCUUACUUAAAAAUCCUGGCUCUGAACAAAUCUGAGUGGUUCUAUGUACUGCUGGGAAUGAUUGCUGCUGCUGUCAUAGGUGCAGUCAACCCAACAUUUGCUGUUAUAUUUGGAAAAAUUAUUGGGGAAGAAAAUCUUCCUGCUGUGCCUUACUUAAAAAUCCUGGCUCUGAACAAAUCUGAGUGGUUCUAUGUACUGCUGGGAAUGAUUGCUGCUGCUGUCAUAGGUGCAGUCAACCCAACAUUUGCUGUUAUAUUUGGAAAAAUCAUUGGGGCUUUUCAAGAAAGAGAUCCAGAAAAAAGGAGUAAAAACACUGUGGUGCUUUCUUUAAUCUUUCUUUUACUUGGCGUGAUUAUCUUCGCAGCAUACAUAAUCCAAGGAUUCAUGUUUGGGAAGUCUGGGGAAGCCCUAACCAUGAGACUGCGCUCUUUGUCCUUCAGAGCAUUACUUCAGCAGGAGAUUGGAUGGUAUGAUGACCAGAAAAAUGCUGUUGGUGUUCUGUUAACUCGUCUUGCUACAGAUGCUUCCCAAGUUAAAGGCGCAACUGGAAGCCGACUUGCACUGAUGACUAUGACUGCUGUUUCCCUUGCCACUGCCAUCAUUAUUGCAUUUGUAUAUAGCUGGCAGCUAACUUUGCUUGUCCUGGCCUGCGUUCCUUUUGUUGUUGGUGCAAAUGCUGUGAAUGCCAGCUCUAUGUCUGGUCAUGCUGCAGAAGAUCAAAAAGCUUUGGAAGAGGCUGGAAGAAUUUCAACAGAAUCAGUUGAAAACAUAAGAACUGUAGCUUCACUGACCAAGGAAGAAGCAUUUUAUGAAAGAUAUGUUGCUAGUUUGAAUCAUACAUAUAGAGUCUUCUCUGCUGUCGUGUUUGCAGCUAUGAAUGUUGGUCAGUCUUCUUCCAUGGCACCAGACUAUGGCAAAGCUCGAAUAUCAGCUCAAAGAAUCUUUCAACUUUUGGGCAGAAAACCUGUAAUUGACAGUUACAGUGAACAAGGUGAAAAAUUGAGCCAUUUUGAAGGCAACAUUGAAUUCAGAAACAUCCAUUUUGUAUAUCCAACAAGGCCGGAAGUUCAGGUUUUGCAAGGACUCAGUGUGAAGGUUAACAAAGGACAGACUCUGGCAUUAGUAGGAAGCAGUGGCUGUGGCAAGAGCACAUCCAUUCAGCUCUUGGAGAGAUUUUAUGACCCUGUGGAAGGACAAGUGCUAGCAGACGGAUUUGAUACCAAAUCUCUGCAUUUACAAUGGCUGAGAUCCAGGCUGGGCCUGGUGUCACAGGAGCCCAUUUUGUUUGACUGCAGCAUUGCUGAAAACAUCCAGUAUGGAGACAACAGUAGAGUGGUUAGUCAGGAGGAAAUUGAAGCAGCAGCUAAAGCAGCCAAUAUUCAUGCCUUCAUUGAAAAACUGCCAGAGAAAUAUAAUACCCGGGUGGGUGAGAAAGGAACACAACUUUCUGGAGGUCAAAAACAAAGAAUAGCAAUUGCCCGUGCUCUGGUUCGUAAUCCUGCUGUUCUGCUUCUGGAUGAAGCUACCUCUGCUCUUGACACAGAAAGUGAAAAGAUUGUCCAGAAAGCACUGGAUAACGCUCGGCAAGGUCGGACCUGCAUCGUCAUUGCUCAUCGCCUGUCCACCGUGCAGACAGCCGACAUCAUCGUGGUGAUCCAGAACGGCAGGGUGGUCGAGCAGGGCACCCACAGCCAGCUGCUGGCAAAGGAGGGACACUACUAUGCCCUUGUAAAUGCACAAGUCUCUAAUUAGUAUUACUUGCUGAGUUGUUUUGGUUUUUUUUUAUUUUGUUUUGUUUUUUUCUGGGAGGACAUGAAAAGCUCUACAGAGGAUUCCAGCUGGCUGUGCUGACCAAGCAGGAACUGUGUUGCAGCCUGGUUGCUGUAUCCAGCACAGCCCUUGGCCCACACACCCAUGGGGAUGAGCACGGUGCUGGGUCACAGAAGGUG